AUCUGAGGCGAGAGCUCUGAAUCUCUGAUCCCGGUUCCUGUGGUACACAUAUACUCUUCCUGUUGGGACUCCCUGCAGUUGCAGUUGCACGGCACGCGCCGAGCUCUUCGCCUAUGUGCAAGUGCGCGCGCGCGUAGUAGGUAAUAGCAAGAGUCGGGUGCUGCAAGGAGGCCAUUGAAUUCAGGGAUGCUGGGGAAAUCAAUGGCUUCUCCUCUUUUGACCUUCGGUUCUGCAACAUCCUAUUACUCUUAUACCCCUGAUCUUGCAACUACUAAGCCAAAUAUCAUGCAGUUAAAUAUGAACUUCUCCAAUGGUCUUCCACCAGAUGUGCUCAGGGGAGCUUGGUCCACCAAUUCUUCUCCUAGGAAGUGGGUAAUACGUUCAACUGCCCAAAUUGAAAGUUUAGCCUUGAGUGAUGAAGAUAGGAAGAUGUGGGAAGCUAGCAGGCAAGUCCUAUCUGCAUUUAAUUUCAGUAUUGAGGAGGAAGACAAGAUACUUGGAAAAGCAUUUGGCCAGCUUCAUUCCCCUUACUGGGGUGAAGACCGUAAAAAAGAAGUACCAAAAUCUGAAACUGUAAAUGAGAUAUUGGACUAUCUUAGAGCUUUAAGCCUUUCGGAUGAUGAUCUCGGCAAGUUGCUGAAAAAAUUUCCUGAAGUUCUUGGAUGUAAUCUUGAACAUGAGUUAAAAACCAAUGUGCAGGUCUUGGAAAAGGAAUGGGGUAUUAAAGGGAAGUCUCUUCGUAACCUUCUUCUUCGAAACCCGAAAGUAUUGGGUUAUAAUGUGGAUUGUAAGGGAGAUUGUAUGGCACAGUGCACUCGAUGCUGGGUUCGGUUUUAGCUGUCUACUAAUUUAUGUAGUUUUUUUUUUUUUUUUUCCCUGAGGUACCGCGUCAGAUAUAUGCUUUUACUCUUUGUACAAAUUGGAGCAUAUCAAUAUACUGAAACUCAUAUUACAGCUGAUUGAUUUGUAAGUUCGAAAUUUUAUUAAUGAAUAAAUCCUGUAUUAGCUCAUUGGGUCUAAUACUUUUCUUUC